UCCCAACAUCGUGGUUCAUACAAUAACAUCUUGUGUAGUACUCAAUCCUCAACUCUCAUGGAUCCCAACUUCAAUGGUGUGUGGAGUGCCUCCGAGAUGGAUAUGGCGAAGUCACUCAUCCCAAGUCAAAUCACCAACAAAACCUACACAAACGACAUGGAGACGAAGCACAUUGACUUUGUGGAUGAUCUCCAAGCAAUGUUCCCAUGGAAGGAGAAGCACCAGGUAACCAAUUUAUAUGUUGAGCUACUAGUGGAGAUCAUGAGGGCACAGAGCAACAACCAACAUGUUGUGCCAAGUAGCGUCCUUGUGAAUGAUAACUUUGGGAUGCUGUCAAAACCCAUGGACAACAUGAAAGUGAUAGAAGGGUAUCUAAUGGAUGAGAUGGAGGCCAUGAGGAUUCUAGAGGAGCAACCAAAUAUGCUGAAUGUCAUUCAUAAGAAAAAGAGGCAUGGAGUGAAGUUUUGGACCACAGACGAGCACAGGAAUUUUCUUCGUGGUCUGGAAGCAUUUGGCCGUGGUGAAUGGAGUAACAUCUCCAAGUACUUUGUCCCCACAAGGACACCAGUGGACAUCUCUAGCCAUGCACAGAAGUAUUUUCGUAGGCAGGAGUGCACCACAGGAAAACAAGGCUUCAACAUCGACAAUGUUAGCUUCUAUGGCACACAACCAUGGGUGCAAAACAACCCUUCCAGCUGUGAGGCGCUCACCUUCACUGGUGGUGCUUACAACACAAACUACAAUGACUUAGACGAGAAACAUGUUGCCUUCAACAGCUUCGCAAGUGACAACCAGUUAGCUACAUGGUUUGUAGACCAGCAUACAAGUUCUUAUCUAGCUCCACUGAUGGAGGAGGAUGUGAGCCAGACAAAUAAGUGGAUGGACCUAGAAAAUAUUGACUAGUUUUUAUCUAUGACCUAGUAUCAAAUGAUGCUUGUAAAACCUAGUUGGUUGAAGACAAUUUAUAUUGUUAAGUGUCAUUAGCGUGCCAUUCUAUAUGGGCUACAAAUAAUUUUAUCGCCAGAACAAUGCAAUCAAAUACUAUCAAUGUGUAAUUUCUAUAUUAAUGUAUCUGUUUGUAUGUGUUAGUUA